AUGGAUGAUGGCCAAGAAGUUGUAGCCAAGGUGCCGAACCCAAAUGCUGGCACUCCACACUUUACCACUGCCAGUGAAGUUGCCACAAUGGAGUUUGGCAGCUUGUACUACAAGGGUGACGUGCAGCCCCUAGCAGAUAGGUACUACGUCAAGAAUGGGAAGGCAGUGAGAGAUUCAGAGUUUACUAUUGGGCUGGCUACGGGCCGGGAUUGGUUUGAUGCAGGCCGUUCAAUUUUGGAGGUCCAGAGAGGGCGAUACCCGCAUAAUCCCGGAAAGAUUACGGGUAUCAUCUACUGGCAAUCUUGUCACAUCUCUCCCCUCUUCAACCACAAUCCGGACCCAGCUCUCCUCGACUUGAAUGGCCUCGAGCCCGAGACACUCGAUCUGGUUCCACGCCCGAAACUGUCCGGAAACUGUCCGGGCUUUCACCGGAAGAACGCGACAUGCCAUUCCCAUUCCAUUUUUUCCGAAGAAGAGCUCAAGGGUAUUAAACAGGAUAACGAUGGUGCGGGGGCGGGGACCGAGCUUGUUGGGGAGGUCAAGGAGAGAAUGGGCGAUUUGUGGCCGGACAAAGGCUUUAUUGAGCAUGAGCGAUACGAGGAUUGCAAAGAUGCUCUCCAAGAAGUCAAAGACAUGAUACUGGAGCAAUUGGCUGAAACUGUCGAGGAAAAGGCCGAAUUUGAGCGCUAUUGGCCAUUUGAAUGA